AUGGGCGCGCAACGCUCUGCUGCACCACGGCAGAUUCGCCUCCAAUUUGGUGGAUGUUCUCCAACCGGUGACGCGCUGCAUGUAACCUUUCACCACCACUCGAGCAUUCAACCAGGUCGAACCAACCAGGAUACAGUGUACACGGAUCCGCAGACUGCGCAAGUUUCGCUGGGCAACAGCAGAUUCCGCUUCGCCUGUCCACUGGAUACGCCUAUUCACGUGUGA